UUUUUUGCAUCUAUUUGGCAGCGUGUUUAUCCUGAUAUGAACAAAAACAUUUCCGAAGAAACUUUCGCGUUUUCAAAUUUCGUUCUCUCCGUUUGAUAUCAGUUUUCUCCAAAACUCUUGCCAUCCUCGUUGCUGCCCCUUCAAACAGACACUGUUUCUGAUUAGGAAUUUUUGAAAUAAUCAUAGAAGUGUCUGGGAAGAUAUGGCAUUUAGAGGUAGCUUCCAGGGCCAGUUUAACUACCAUGAACAAAUUCCUCAUGGCUGGGAUUUCCAGUACGCUGAUAGUAGUCAGGGCCAGUUUAACUACCAUGCCCAAUUUUGUCAACCUUAUCGACCAAUUAUUCCUAAUCCUUCUGUAGCCCCAUUUCGACAUCCACAACCAAGGGCAUACUGUGAAAUUUGUGACGUUGAGUUGCCUAAUCACCAAUGUUGGGAAAUACAUAACAAGGGAAGGAAACAUCGAUCAAAGUUGAGACAAAAAGCUUCAAAUGGACAAGAGAGUAGUCAGAUUCCAAAUUCUCAGAUGAAUUUAGUAGUUCCACCUAAGACAGUUUUGGAAUCUAAGAAAAGUAAAUGCCAUGUGGAAAAUGUGAGCUCUCAGGCUACUGUUUUCAAGUACAAGAAUUUCCAGCAGAAAGAUAACACUAGUAGAAAUGGUCAUGGUUUCAAGCGUAAGUUUGUAGGAGAUACAGUAGGUAAACACAUAAAGAUGAAUAAUGGGAUAAAAAGGCUCAUGGAGCCAUCAAACCUUGAUGUUAGUGCUCUGUCAAAUUCUGCGGAAUAUCUAGUCCAAAAACCUACAUUAUCACCACCGCCAGGACCGGCUUCGCCAAUAACCGCACCAAUAAGUGUAGGGGGAUCAAGUUUGAAGCUACAAUUUCAACACGUCUCAGCCUCGCAGACACAAGUGUCAGAAGGCAAAGAACAUCAUGACCGAAUUCCUCAACCUUAUCGACCAACUAUUCCUAGUCCUUCUGCAGCCCCUUUUUGACAUACACAAUCAAGGGUAUACUGUGAAAUUUGUGACCUUGAGUUGUCUAGUGACAAAUGUUGGAAAACACAUAACAGGGGAAGAAAACAUCAAUCAAAGUUGAGACAAAAAGCUUCAAAUGGACUAGAGAGUAGUCAGAUUCCAAAUUCUCAGAUGAAUUCUGUAUUUCAACCUAAGACAGUUAUGGAAUCUAAGAAAAGUAAAUGCCAUGUGGAAAAUGUGAGCUCUCAGGCUACUAUUUCCAAGCACAAGAAUUUCCAGCAGAAAGAUACCGGAAUUUCUUCUAAAAUUCCAGCUGAAGGGUGUGAAGGGAAACCCAAAGAUAACACUAGUGGAAAUUGUAGUGGUUUCAAGCAUGAUUUUGGAGGAGACAGAGCAGGUAAAUACAUGAAAACGAAUAAUGGGAUGAAAAGGCCGAUGGAGUCAUCAAAACCUGAUGUCAGUGCUCUGUCAAAUUCUGCGGAAUAUCUAGUCCAAAAACCUGAAUUAACACCACUGCCAUGGCCGGCUUUGCCAAUAAUCGCACCAACAUGUGUUGGGGGAUCAAGUUUGAAGCUACAAUUUCAACACGUCUCAACCUCACAGACACAAGUAUCAGAAGGCAAAGAACAUCAUGGGAUUCAAAUUCUCACUGUAGAUUCUGAUGUUAGCACCAUGACUGAAGAUAUGUGUUUUGUCUCUGCAGCCCUGGCAAUAGCAGCAUCACCAAAAGGGCAUAUAGCUUCUCUGGUACUUGCCCCACCACCAGCACCAGGAUUGAGUUUUGAACCUGAAAAUCAACAUGGUUUACAGAAAGAAGUGUUAAAAGGCAAAGAACAGCAUGAGAUUCAGAAUCAUACUGUCAAAAUAACUGAUCAGCCGCAAUCAAUCUCAGUGGAGGUGCAUGCCCCUGCAGUUUCUAAUAUUAACAAUCAAACUGAAAACAUGAAUUCUGAUUCUUCAGCAAUAGCAAUAGGAAUAGCAGGUCCUAUGGCAUCUCAGGUACCCAUACCUCCACAAGCCAUGGGAUCAAGUUUUGAACCCCAGAUUGAAAGCCGUAAUUAUGAAAGCCUAAAUUCUACUGGUGAAACAAAUAUUCAACUCCUACCAUUAGUCUUAAUGGAGUUUGAUGCCCCUUCAGGGGUCCGUACUAACACCAAAACUGCGGAUGAAAGCUCUAAAGCCAAAGCAAAGGUCAUGGUUUGUCUUAAGUGUGGCGAUGAAGGCUUUUCGGAUACGUUUGUUUUUUGCGACAAGUGUCAGGUUUAUGCAUUGCAUAGGUAUUGUUUAGAUGGACCUGUGAAUUUUUAUGAUGACGUUACAUGGUUGUGUGAAGAUUGUGAGCCACACGUAAUAGAAAAAUCUUUCCAUUAUCAAUGUAUUCUCCCAUCUAGAGUAAGUGACUCUUCAAAUUCUGCAAAAGAUGCAUCUCAAGGCAAAAGUGACGUAACAAAUUAUGUAGAGAGUGUAAAGGAUAACAAUAACCAGCAACAGAACAUUGCUGCUAAAAGAAAUGUCAUGUUAUCAGAUUGUCACAGUGUCUCUAAUCAUGCUCAAUCUCAAAGCAUUAACAACUAUGAAGAAGAGGAAAAGCUUAAGGAAGAUUGUCAGUCAGUUCCAAUUGUUGAAGAUAAUUCUAGUGAGGGGUUUGUGACUGUUCAUGAUCCAUACCCUAUUGUUGAUCCAACAUGGAGGGGAAGUUGGUGCUUCAGCAACCAAAGUUCUGAUACUUUCACUGGACUUUUUGCUCAUUUGUCCACUUUAGCAUGCCCCAAAGUUCUGGAGGAGACAAGACUUUUCCCUGAGGUGCUUUCUGCUAACUUGCUUCCAAGAUCUGCAGUGUGGCCAAAGGGUUUCUCGGAAUCUGGGCCAAAUGAUGAGAGCAUUGCUCUUUAUUUCUUUCCUGAAAGUGAAAGUGUUGAGAGAGCCUAUGACAAUUUAGUUGAUGACAUGAUUUCCCAUGACCUGGGCAUAAAAGCUAUGAUAAAAAAUGCAGAGCUUUUAGUUUUUCCUUCAACGGUUCUCCCGAUCAAACACAGGAGAUUUCAAGCAAAGUAUUAUUUGUGGGGUGUGUUUAGGGCAAAGCAAGCUGUGUUGAUAAGUCCUUAAUCCUUAGUCAUUGUAAAUACUUUGAGGAUUAACAUGUAGUUUUGGUUGCAUUGCACAAUACACUCGUAGUGAUUUAUGUAUUUCUAAGUUACUUGUCAAUAUUUGAUUAUGCUUUUUCUUUCAAGAACUAUGUACUUCUGUAAUUAAGAAAAGAGGAGGCAUCUAAUAUGGGAAAAGAUUUCUUUGUGCAA